AUGAGCCGUCAAAUCACCUCAGUAGUCCUGGCCGAGCGCCCGAAGGGCGACAUCGUGCCCGGGAAAACCUUCCAGCAGAAGCAAGGGCCAGCGCCGAAAGCUGAGGACCUCAAGGAUGGUCAGAUCCUAGUCGAGACGCUCUACUUGUCCCUGGACCCGGCGAUGCGAGGAUGGCUGGACGACGUGCGAAGCUACGUGCCGCCGGUGCAGAUCGGCGAGGUGAUGCGCGGGUCCGCGAUCGCACGCGUACUCGCCUCGAAGUCCCCGCGCGUCAAGGAUGGUGACCUCGUCACCGCGUCCACGGGUUGGCGCGAGGUCGCCAUCGUGGGGCCCAAGGAGUUCGAUUCGGUGUCGGAUAUCCCGCUGCCCAAGAAUGGCAAGGUGACGGACCUGCAGGGCGUGCUGGGCAUGACUGGCCUCACGGCUUACUUUGGCAUGACGACGAUUGGGAAUGUCAAGCCUGGGGAGACGGUCGUCGUCUCUGGGGCGGCUGGAGCCACGGGCAGUGUUGCUGCACAGAUGGCUAAGAUUGCUGGGGGGAGAGUCGUCGGCCUGGCGGGGUCUGAUGCGAAGUGUGCGUGGCUGGAGAAGGAGCUUGGGUUUGAUGUUUGCCUGAACUAUAAGGAUCCUGACUUCAGGAAGAAGUUCAAGGAGGCGACGCCAAAGUAUAUUGAUGUCUACUUCGACAACGUUGGUGGGGAGAUCCUCGACGCGGCGCUGAGCCGGGCAAACAAGAAAGCGCGAUUCAUAAUGUGUGGUGCAAUCUCCCAGUACAACUCGACAGAUCCAAAGGGGCCAAGGCAAAUUUCCAAAGUCAUCACACAAAGAGUACGCAUGGAGGGCUUCAUCGUAUUCGACUUUGUUAAGGAGUACCCAGCAGCUCGGAAGCAGCUGGCGCAGUGGCUCGCCGAGGGCAAGAUCAAGAGGCAAGAGACUGUCGUAAAGGGCGGACUCAAGGUAGCUGAGCAAGCACUCCUGGACCUGUUCAAGGGAGGAAAUACUGGAAAACUUCUUGUCGAGGUAAAAUCUCCUGAAGAGAAAAGCAAACUGUGA